AAACGUUUAUAUAUGAUUUAAUCUCAACUAAUUCUCCAUUUAAUGACUAUUUUAUAUUGAGAAAAAUCAUCAUCUUAUUUCCGGGGAUUUUUCGGGGGUUUCAGUUUAUAAUUCCGGGUUUUUGGGACUAAUUCCGAGGAAAAUUUUGGGUAAUUUUGUCCAUUGCCGUUGGCAACACUGGUCAAAGUUUGAAUUCAGACAGCUGGUUAACGACAGUACAGAACUGUUACUGUUUAUGUCACAAAUAUUUUUCAAUUUUAAGUCUAUUAAAAUUUCAAUCUUUUCCAAUAGAUCAUUAUUAAAAGACCUAACUAAAUCUAGUUUGUGUCCAUUUCAUUUACCUUAGUUGUUAUAGAUAGAAAUUCGUCAAAAUUGAGCUUUCUCAAUGAAGUUGACCUAAUAUCACAGACUCCACAGUGCCACUUCACUAUGUCCCCGAGUGAUUGGAUCUUUACAUAAUCAUCAUUAGAAACUUUCACACACUUUGCGUGAAACCAUUUUUCGCAAAAUAAAUCACAAAAAAUGGCUUCUUCAUUUUAUUUUAUGAUUUCCACACAGACACCACACGACGAGUUGACAACCUCUUCCACUGCCAUCUGGACACUCAUGGAAUCUAUUGUGGAUCCUGAGCCAUCAAAGGUCUCUGAUGAAGAGCCAGUAGAGGUAUCAGACAUCAAAUACAUCAUUGAUACAGAAGACAGGCUUGGCGAGCUGAAACUUCUCGGAGAAGAACAGGUGGAACCUGAGCCAUCAAGGGUCUCUGAUGAAGGGCCAGUAGAGGUAUCAGACAUCAAAGACAUGACGGAUCCAGUCGACAGCAUGUACAGGCUUACCGAGCUGAAACCUCUCGAAGAAGAACAGGUGGAACCUGAGCCAUCAAGGGUCUCUGAUGAAGGGCCAGUAGAGGUAUCAGACAUCAAAGACAUGACGGAUUCAGUCGACAGCAUGUACAGGCUUACCGAGCUGAAACCUCUCGAAGAAGAACAGGAACCAUCAUCAGCUGAUAGUGGGAGUGAUUCGUCUGCAGAAGAUGAGGAAGAAGGCAUCAAUGAAGAAAUGGUAGGAGAGGGGAGGGUUAACUGCAAAACUACUUCUAAAGAGCUUCAUCAAUGUAAAUUCUGCGCUAAAAGCUUCUCUCAGACUUAUUUGAAUAUUCACAUGCGUACACACACCAGAGAGAAGCCAUUCCAGUGUACAGUCUGUACCAAAACGUUCUCUCAGUCUGGAAAUCUAACUAUUCACAUGCGCACUCACACCAAAGAGAAGCCUUAUCAGUGUACAGUCUGUACCAAAAGGUUCUCACAUUCUAGCGUUUUGACUGGUCAUAUGCGUACCCACACCAAAGAGAAGCCUUACCAGUGUACAGUCUGUAUUAAAAGGUUCUCUGUGUCUGGUGCCUUGACUGUUCAUAUGCGUUCCCACACCAAAGAGAAGCCUUAUCAGUGUACAGUCUGUACAAAAAGGUUCUCUCUGUCUAAACAUUUAAAACAGCAUGUGAGUACCCACAUCAAAGAGAAGCAUUUUCAGUGUACAAUCUGUACCAAAAGGUUCUCUCAGUCUGGUUAUUUAACUCGUCAUAUUAUGCGCACUCACACCAAUGAGCCUGGUGCGAAUGAGUGA